CACUCCGAGUCUACGCCCCCUGAACACCGAAGCAGCCCCCUUUUCUCGGGCCUCUCUGUUCCACCAGCACGACCACCAGUCUUCGACUCCUACCAGUCCAUUCCACAAACAAAGACCACUUCCGCGACAAACUAGCGCCAAAAUGUCCCUCUCAACCCCCGAAAUCCUCACCGCCUACGACGCCGUCCGCUCCGACAAGUCCCCCAUCAACUGGCUCCUCCUCGGCAACGCCACGCCCACCUCCCAACAACUGACCCUCAAAGCCACGGGCGAGGGCGGCAUCCCCGAGCUCAUCAAGCAUCUCAACCCCACCGAAGUGGCGUAUGCCUACGUGCGCGUGCAGUACGCUAACGAUGCGGAGAGCGUGCGCGUCAAGUUUGCGCUGAUCAUUUGGAUUGGAGAGCAGACGCGGGUUAUGCGCAAGGCGCGGGUGUCAAUUGAGAGCGGGGAGGUGAAAAAGGUGUUGGCUCAUCAUUCGGUUACGGUGGAUGCGGGGGAGGUGAGGGAUAUUGAUGAGGAGGAGAUUGUGAAGAGGGCGAGGAAGGCGGGGGGGGCUGAUUAUAAUGGUGGGAGGGGUUAGAGUCUAAGCCCCUGGUGAGCUCGAGGAGGAGGAAAGAUGGGGUACAUGGGGAGGAGGCGACGGAGAGGAGGCGACGGA